GAAGUGCGGCACUGGGGAGCGUCCGGAGCGGCUAUGGCGGGUGCAGGAGGAAGGAUCAACCGGCCGCGCACGGAGCUGAAGAGGAAGCUGUUCAAGCGCCGGCGGGUGCUGGGACGGUCGCGGCGGUGCAGGGUGGUCGGAGCCGCGGUGGACGCAGAGUUGACCACACGGCACCACCUGCGCAAGCGCGCGUCCAGCUCCCGGGCUAACAUCACUUUGUCCGGGAAGAAACGCAGGAAGCUCCUGCAGCAGAUUCGGCUGGCCCAGAAGGAGAAGGCAGCCAUGGAAGUGGAAGCACCCUCAAAGCCAGCCAGGACUAAUGAGCCACAGCCAAAGCGACAGAAGAAGAUGAAAGUUUCCCAGGAUGUUGACAUGGAGGACCUAGAGGAUGAGAGCUAGUUUUUACUUCUUCCACUGGAACAUUUUCACUUACAGCUGGAAGUUUUGGUGAUUGUUUCAGAGGACUUUGGAGAGAGCAUUCCCUCCUUCACUUUCCCCAGAUUCUCUCUCUGUAAAGGCUGUGAGACCUCAGUUGGUGGGGGUGUGGGUUGGAAGAGGGCACAGAAGCAAGAUUGCAGAGAGACCUCUGGAGCACUCAACUACAUUUGUAAUAAAGGCUAAGAACCAGUA